GCUGGCGGCUUACUUUGUCUGGAAUCCAGUGUCUUUCCUAGAAGGUUCAAAUCCAAUAGAAAGAUUUAUUCUUUUAUCUUCGUUUAAUAGGAGCCCAUCAUCCCCCAGUAACUUUAUACCUUCAGAUAUUCUUGAUUCCAUUACCUCGAUUCCUCUUAGGCACUCUCUUUUCGUCUCCGACCAAAAGAAGAAUCAUACUUCAGACCGCCGGAAUAUCUCAUUUCUUUAGGUACUUGGCUUUCCUGCCAGUGACGGCUAGUAGUUUAGAUUAAUCUUUCAUUGUUUAUGGAUGCCAUUCUUGAAGGAUUCCCUGGAUCCAUGAAUGGAUUCAUAUUCAACCGUGGCUCGGUUCCACUCCGUUUAAAUGAAAAUCUUGCAAAUGGAUUUAAAGUCAGCCAUGGAUUUGUUGAUCCACCUUUCCUUUCAACCGAUCCUCGACACCAUCCAAGUGAUUCAGGUCCAUCUUCGGGCACGAGCUCGGAGGGAGAUUCACCGGACAGUGGUGAUUUCUCCAAUGUUUUUUUCAAGUACUUGAACGAGAUGCUCAUGGAAGAAGACCUGGAGACUAAACCCUGCAUGUUGCAGAACUGUCUGGCCCUCCAGGCCGCUGAGAAAUCAUUCUAUGAAGUGCUUGUUCAGGAGUCUCCUCCAUCCUCUAAUCAAAGUCCCCCUGGUUUCGAACAGCGCCCAGAUGAUAGUUUUGCUGGGGGAAGCAGUGUUGAUAUCAGUAACAGCCAUGCUGCUGACAACUCGGUGGAGUCCAAAUGCGUUUGUGAUCUGGGGGAAUCCGAAUCCUCUUAUGUACAAAGUCACCGGCCGGUUUCAUUCGGAGAGAUAGAGCCAAUUCGGACGGCUAAGGGUGGGAGAACAAUCAAUUCCCUUCCAAAUGGAAAUCGUGAAACCUCAGAUUUGGAGAGCACACGAUCAGCACCUGCAGAGCAAACCAGAGAUGUGGCGGCCAUGGCAGAGAAGAAUCGGACGAACACCUCACCAAAUGGAUCCAGGGAAAAGAAAAACCAUCAUCGGGAGGACAGUCAGGACUAUCUAGAAGAAGGGAGAAGCAGCAAGCAUUCAGCGGUUUAUGCUGGAGACUCUGAAUCACUCGAGAUGUAUGACGAGGUAUUGCUUUGUCGUGGUGUAGGUAAUGAGUCUUCAUCAUGUGGUCUUCCUGAAUCUACAGGAAAUGGAGGAAGCAGAAGAUUUCAGCAUGGUGGAAAUAGGAGUAGUGGAGAGAAUAAUAGCAAAACAACCCGCUUGAAGAAGCAAGGCAACAAGGGGGAAGUAGUAGAUUUAUGGACCCUGCUAACACAGUGUGCACAUACUGUGGCGAGCGGUGACCAAAGAACUGCAAACGAACUGCUCAAGCAAAUCAGGCAACACUCUUCUCCCUUUGGAGACGGAACACAGAGACUAUCCCAUUACUUCGCAAACGCCCUCGAGGUGCGGUUGGCGGGUACCAGGACACCUGUUUACACACCCCUAGUGAGCAAUGGGACAUCGGCAGCUGAUAUCUUGAAAGCUUACCGGGUAUAUGUCACAGCAUGCCCUUUCAAAAGGAUGUCAAAUUUCUUUGCUAAUCGAACAAUUAGGAAACUGGUGCUAUCCCAGAAAGCAACAAGAGUGCAUAUCAUUGAUUUCGGCAUUCUCUAUGGUUUCCAAUGGCCCUGUCUCAUCCAACGUCUCUCUGAAAGACCUGGUGGCCCUCCCAAGCUUCGUAUAACUGGGAUUGAGCUUCCCCAACCGGGUUUUCGGCCUGCGGAAAGGGUUGAAGAGACAGGGCGUCGCUUGGAAAACUAUUGCAAGAGAUUCAAUGUCCCUUUUGAAUACAGUGUCAUUGCACAAAAAUGGGAAACCAUUCAACAUGAGGAUCUCAAGAUUGACAGGGAUGAAUUAGUGAUUGUUAACUGUUUGUACCGGUUGAGGAACCUGCCGGAUGAAACAUUGGCAAUAAACAGUCCUCGGGACACUGUGCUAAAGCUGAUCAAGAGAAUAAACCCAGAUUUGUUCGUCCAUGGGGUUGUUAAUGGAACGUACAAUGCACCCUUCUUCGCCACACGGUUCCGGGAGGCGCUCUUCCACUUCUCUGCAUUUUUUGAUAUGUUUGAUGCGAACGUUGCCCGUGAAGAUGAGCAGAGGUUCAUGUUUGAGAAAGAGAUAUUUGGAAGGGAUGCCAUGAAUGUCAUAGCGUGUGAAGGUUUGGAAAGGGUUGAAAGGCCAGAGCCAUACAAGCAGUGGCAGGUCCGGAAUCUGAGGGCCGGCUUGAGGCAGCUUCCCUUGGACCAGGACGUCUUGCAGAGAGUGAAGCGGGCAGUGAAAUCGGAGUAUCAUAAGGAUUUUGUGGUGGACGUGGAUGGCCACUGGAUGCUGCAGGGGUGGAAAGGGCGGAUUAUCUAUGCUCUUUCUUGUUGGAGACCUGCUUAGAAGUUCAGAAUAGUAAUGUUGAGCCAAGGUUUUGAUUGACUAGUGGCACAGUCACUUCAGAUUAGAUUUGGAUGUAAAACAGUAAAAGCACUGGUGUUUGAUAAUUUGAUUAGCUCCCUGAGGAGCUAAGAUAUGACUAGGGAGUUUUAUUGCGUAGCAAUUAGAGUCACCUUUUUUGCUUUUUUGUAGAGUUCGAGUUUGAUCGCGGUAUUGUUCAUUGUUCAUUGUUCAUAAACCAACCUUUCUUUAAUUUCUCAUGUUUGAAUAUAGGAGAAAUUUGGAUUUUAAA